GAAAAUGGUCGCGAGUCUGCCAAGUGGCGGAGCCAAAUCCACUUUUCGCGGCCGUUUUCGGUUGGUUUAAGGAGCGCCAAGACGCAACACGGAGUUAAUUCCCAGUUCGCGGGAACAUUCCCAAGCAGAAACUACCAUGGCAGUUCAUUGCAACUCCGUUCUGUUCUCUUGCAAAACAUGGCGAAACAGGGAUACCAAACCCAUAUCCACAAUCUUACCGACCCGUCUCUGCUCUGUUCCUCAAACCCCAUUUAGCUUCCAUUCAGAUGGGUUGAAGCUCUCAACAUGCGGGUGGGAUAGGGUGGUUUCUGCUGUUGUUUCUGAGGAAAGUGCAGUUGGGUCCAGCUCUUCUGGCACUGAUGUGUUCAAGCUCACUUACUUAGAGGGGAAUAGUUGGCUGUGGGAUGUAAGUGGGGUGAGAAUUUUGGUUGAUCCAAUUUUGGUGGGUAGCUUGGAUUUUGGUAUUCCAUGGCUUUAUGAUGCUGCCAAGAAAUUUUUGAAGAAUUUCAAGCUUACUGAUCUUCCUCAAGUUGAUUGCUUACUGAUUACACAAAGCCUUGAUGAUCACUGCCAUUUGAAAACCCUGAAACCGCUCUCAGAAAUGUCUCCAGAGCUUAGAGUCAUUGCAACUCCCAAUGCCAAGCCUUUGCUGGAUCCUCUUUUCAAAAAUGUCACAUAUCUUGAACCUGGUCAAGACUCUGAAGUUGAAGCAGGAAACGGUUCCAAAGUCAGAAUUGAAGCUACUGCCGGGCCAGUUCUAGGUCCUCCAUGGCAACGACCUGAGAAUGGGUAUCUCAUCAUUUCUCCACAGGGCCAAUUGACUCUUUAUUAUGAACCUCAUUGCGUAUACAACAAAAAUUUUCUCGAGAAGGAGCGGGCUGACAUUGUUAUUACCCCAGUCAUGAAGCAGCUUCUUCCUAAUUUUACUUUGGUUUCGGGACAAGAAGAUGCAGUGCAACUAGCUAAACUACUGCAUGCCAAGUACAUUGUGCCAAUGAAAAAUGGAGAUCUUGAUAGCAAAGGGCUUCUCGCUAGCAUAAUUCAAUCUGAAGGAACAGUUGAAUCAUUCAAGGAGCUCUUGUCAAAGGAACUACCAGAUGCACAGGCAUUAGAGCCCACCCCUGGUGUACCAUUACAAAUUCCUGCCCCUUAAAAUUUCUCAUAAACCUUCAUACACGUUGCUAAUGAAACUGCAUAUAUCAGAUAGUUUAUAUAUGACAGUCGCGUAUUUCUGCUACUC